UUCCGAUUUAUAUUCAUUUUACUUGUUCGGAAGAAAAGCUGCGACCAUGGCCGCCCGCAUCGGCUACAGGUUGCUCUUGAUAGAGCGCAGUCUCCUUUCUCCAUUCCUGAAACCCAAUGGAAGGUCUCUUCCGGCAGUCAGCAUCUUCCCCUCGGCGCGCGCCCGCAUAGGAUCGGGCAGUAUCCGCUGCGCGGCCUCGGAGUCCACCGACGGUAAGGUGUCUGCCCGUCUCUCUUUGAUGAAGCAGGUCCUGAAGGACGCCGAGGAACGCUCUCUCUCAGCCGGCACAGAACAAGCGCCUAAGGUCACCUUAGGUCAUGUCUCGGUUAGCUAUGCUAGAAGCGGGGGACCUGGUGGGCAAAAUGUAAACAAAGUGAAUACCAAAGUAGAUAUGCGCUUCAAUGUGAAAAAGGCAGAUUGGCUGAGUGAAAGAAUCCGUGAGAGAAUACUCCAAAUGGAAAAAAACCGAAUCAACAAAGAUGGUGAGCUUGUUAUAUCUUCUACCAAGACUCGAACCCAGAAGGGUAAUAUUGAAGAUGCUUUGGAGAAAUUGCAGGCUAUCAUCGAUGCUGCAUCAUAUGUGCCUCCACCACCCAGCGAAGAACAAAAGAAAAAAAUUGAGAAAUUAGCUGCUAUUGGGGAACAGAAGAGAUUGCUGAACAAGAAAACUCUCUCACAGAAAAAGGCAUUCAGAAGGAACAAGGACAGUUGGGAUUAAUCUGGAGCUAUCUAAUCAAUCAGCGAUACCACUUCCUAGGAUGAAGUGCAACCGAUAUGUUUUGUAAAAUGCAAACAUCCUUCAGAGUAGUGUUAGAGCAAUAAACAGCAGCGCGUAAGUUAUUCUUAGCAUGAUAAUUUGCUUCUCGAAGUUCUUUGAAAGGUUAAUCUUUUGUACAAUUCAGCAACAUUUACAAAUCUUUUUUUUGUAUUUAAAUAGAUUGAAAAUAGCUUUCUGAGUUUGAAUAUUGUCGAAGUAUUCUUCGAAUGUUCA